CGCCCCCCUCCCGUCACAAAAUGCCGUUGGUGACGAGGAACAUCGAGCCUCGCCAUGUGUGCCGCCAGGUGCUCCCCAGCACCAUCCGCAGUGAGCUGGAGUGUGUCACCAACAUCAGCCUCGCCAACAUCAUACGCCAGCUAGGCAGCCUCAGUAAGUAUGCAGAGGAUGUGUUUGGAGAGCUGUUUGUGCACGCGGGGACGUUUGCUAUCAGGGUGAACUCACUGGGUGAGAGAGUGGACCGUCUACAGGUCAAAGUCACCCAGCUCGACCCUAAAGAGGAGGAGGUCUCUCUGCAGGCCAUCACCCAGAAGAAAGCUUUUCAUAGUAAUCUGACUCAGGACCAGCAGUUAUUCUGUAGACCCUCUCUACCACAGCCUGUACAGGAGACUUAUCUGACCUGCAAUCCUCCUCCACCACUCAACAACCUCAGCCAGUACAGGGACGAUGGGAAGGAUGCUCUGAAGUUCUACACCGACCCGUCUUACUUCUUUGAGCUGUGGAAGGAGAAGAUGCUGCAGGACACCAAGGACAUCAUGAAGGAGAGACGCAAACACAGGAAGGAGAAGAAGGACAAUCAAAAUAUGCGGACUCUGAAUCCCAGAAAGAUCAAGACCAGAAAGGAUGAGUGGGAACGACGCAAGAUGGGGGAAGAGUUUGUGGUACCCAAGAAUGACAUGGGAGAAUCUCUUGAGGGUCUGAAUGGCAGUAUUGGUUCAGGAGAAGGCUGUUAUUCCCCUGAUGGUUUAGACCAGAGUACAGGGUCGUACGCCUUCGAUCCCGGCUCCCCCCUCCCUCUACCCGCUCCCGAUGACUUCCUGCCCCCACCACCCCCAGACAUGACGUAUGACGGACAGUACGGAGCACCAUCCCAGAAGCGCACCAGCGUUCUGAGCCCCACACACCCUCCUCCAGCCCCUCCCAUGACCUCUUCUGCUUCCAGUGGCUCCCGGCCCAACCUGGCUCCUCCCCCUGCCCCACCUCCCCCUCCCCUCUGGCUUGGGAUCCCUCCCCCUCCCCCUCUGGAUUUGACUCCUCCCCCUGCUCCCCUCCUCUCUUCUCCUCUGCCUAUCCCUCCUCCCCUGCCCCAACUUCUCCUCUCUCCCAGACCACCAUCUCCACCUCCUCACCCCUCUCUCCCCCAGGGUGGUGGCGCACCUCCUCCUCCUCCUCCCCCGCCUCCUCCAGGCCCUCCUCCCCCUCUUCUGGCCUCCCCACCCUCCUUCUCCAUUGGGGCUCCUCUCAAGCCCACCCAGGUUCAGCCAGAAGCCCCCGCUGACGCUCACAAUGACUUGCUGUCAGCUAUCCGGCAAGGUUUUAACCUUCGUAAAGUGGAGGAACAGAAAGAGCAGGAGAAGAAGGAUAACUAUGGCAACGACGUAGCGGCCAUCUUGUCUCGCCGUAUUGCUGUGGAGUGCAGCGACAGCGAAGAUGACUCCUCGGAGUUGGACGAUGACGAUUGGUCCGAGUGAGGCCUCCUUCACCACCACCACCAUCGUGGUCUUCCUCAGUCCUCCUCAAGAGAGAAUGCAUCAUGUUCUUUUGCCAUUACUUCUUUAUAACCAAUGAUCUGAGGAGUAGAGGGCCAAAGACAAGUGUGUCCUCUUCCACACUUCUGUCUAAGCCAGUCACAUUCCCCCCCGUGUGCCAGUCACAUUCCCCCCCGUGUGCCAGUCACAUUCCCCCCGUGUGCCAGUCACAUUCCCCCCCGUGUGCCAGUCACAUUUCCCCCCGUGUGCCAGUCACAUUCCCCCCCGUGUGCCAGUCACAUUCCCCCCCGUGUGCCAGUCACAUUCCCCCCGUGUGCCAGUCACAUUCC